AUGUGCGCGUGCGACGAUGCCAAGGAGGACGAAAUUCGACGCCUCGAGGAAUCGAAAAAGUCGCAAGACCAUGAUGAUCGACUGGGGGUUGUGGUCCGCGACGAUGCAAUGCGGUCCAUGGGAAAACGAAAGAUCGACGGCGACGACCAUUCAGGCACCAGUGGUGGCGGAAAAGUCAUCAAAUUGAUGGCAUUGAUGCACGACCAAAUCCAAUCUGAACUUGAUUUUCAAAAAGAAAAGUUCGAUGCUGAACUCGUGGAACGCCGCAAAGACCGAGAAUUGGUCGCUGAGCAGUUUCGUCAGCAGCAGGAAACGAUGGCCAAGUUGCUAGAUAUGUUGAUUAAGAAAUCUUAA